AUGUCUAUCUCGAAGAUUGCUGGAGUGCUCCUCGGAUCCGCCGCUUUGGUGGCCGGUCACGGCUACGUCUCUGGAGCCGUUGUUGACGGCACCUACUACGGAGGUUACCUUGUCACCCAGUACCCCUACGAGACUGAUGCUCCGGAGACCAUUGGUUGGUCUGAGGAUGAGACUGACCUCGGCUACAUCGAUGGGUCCGAGUAUGCCAACGCCAACAUUAUCUGCCACAAGAAUGCUCAGCCCGGUGCUAUCUCUGCUCCCGUCAAGGCCGGUGGCAGCGUCGAGCUGCAGUGGACUGACUGGCCCUCCAGCCACCACGGCCCUGUCAUCACCUACCUCGCCAACUGCAAUGGUGACUGCUCUGAUGUCACCAAGACCGAUCUCAAGUUCUUCAAGAUCGAUGAAGGCGGCCUGAUCGACGACAGCAAUGUACCUGGUACCUGGGCUACCGACAAGUUGAUCGCCAACAACAACAGCCGUACCAUUACCAUUCCCAGCACCAUCGAGGCCGGUAACUACGUCCUCCGUCACGAAAUCAUUGCUCUACACUCUGCCGAGAACUCGAACGGCGCUCAGAAUUAUCCCCAGUGCCUGAACCUGAAAGUGACUGGUGGCGGCAGCGACUCUCCCAGUGGUACUCUGGGUACCGAGCUCUAUAAGAACACCGACCCGGGCAUCCUGGUCAACAUCUACCAGUCCUUGAGCACCUAUGACAUCCCCGGUCCCGCUCUGUACACUGCCGGCUCCGGCUCCUCUGCCACCACCGCUGCCUCCGCCGCCGCCUCUACCACUGCUGCCGCGGUCUCCUCUGCCCCAACUGUCAGUUCUGCCCCUAUCCGGAGCCCCUCUGCCUUCCCCUCGAUCCCGGCAUUCCGCAACUCCACGCGGGUUCCUCUGAGCCGUGGGCCUGCCUCUGCUCGGCCCCAGUUCUCGCAGCCCGCUGUUCCCCAGAAUGCCCAGGGUGCUGCUACUGUCACCGAUUACGCUACUGCCACUGUCGACUCCGUCGUCGAUGCCACUGUUACUGCUCAGGUUACUGACCAGCAUGCUUUCCAGACCACCAGCGCCCAGACCGCGGACAGCGCGACCAUCACUGCCAGCGCGACGGUUCAGUCAGCCCAGAGCACCUCCCCCGCGAGCACCGGCUCGGACUCCACUGGAUCCUCCGACUCCAGCUCCAGCUCCAGCUCUGGUUCUACCUCGGGCUCUGAGAGCUCCGGCUCCACUGGUACCACUACCGGUACCACCGCUACCACCUCCUCUGAGCCCAGCCACUACAACUACAAUGACUGGACCUCCUACCUCAGCUCUCUGAGCGCUGACCAGGUCCUCAACCUCCUCCGUGAGACCUUUGGAUGGCUCGUCGCCGACAAGAAGCACGCCCGCGACAUGACCAGCCGCGCCAACUAA